GAAAGUGAAAGUAGUGUCCUCCUGUCGCCAUUUUAAGUUAGUAAAAUACGAAUACGAUACGGAAAAAAAAACUGUAUGGAAGACCGUAAAGACAUUUACUUCUUUAGACUUUACGUGUACAGACGAUAUAACGCGUGUAAUUUCAUGUCCUGAAACGUGUCUGCAGCUGAUACUGUCAUAAUGUAAACUGCAGGAUUGUUCGAGUGUUUGAUGUGUUUAUCAAAGACUGUGUGCGUCCAUUCGACAAAAAGAACCGUUACACUCCUAGAGUGCAGUGAGAGUGGAAGAGGAAGGAAAUAGUUUAAGCAGGAAUUUCUGUGUAUCUUUAUGAUGUUAAAGCUGGAGGAUUUGAGAAGCUGUAUCUUGUAAAAGUUUGAUCGAGAGUCAGUGGAGGAGAUCAAACUCAUCAGUUUCUCCUGCAGCUUCAUCAUGGCUGAUUCACAAGGAUCCAGAGAUGGAGAUUUUUCUCCAGGAUGCAGUUCAGUCCAGCAGAAGAGCUCAAACCCAGAGUCCAGCUGUGUGUCUGUGAAGAGUGACAGGUCUAUGGAGAAGCCACCAGUGUUUAAGAGUGGAGACAAACGGCCUGAUCUCAGUUCAGUCCAGCAGAAGAGAUCAAACCCAGAGUCCAGCUGUGUGUCUGUGAAGAGUGACAGGUCUAUGGAGAAGCCACCAAUGUUUAAGAGUGGAGACAAACGGCCUGAUCUCAGUUUUAAAACCAGUUCAGUCCAGCAGAAGAGAUCAAAACCAGAGUCCAGCUUUGUGUCUGUGAAGAGUAACCGGUCUAUGGAUCCACCACAACAUUUUAAGAGUGGAAACACACGGUCUGAUCUCAGGUCAAAUCUUCAAUCCAGACCAGUUAAAAACAAAACUGUGUUCACGCCUGUGAUUCAACCACAAGACUUUAAUGAAAGCAUGAAUCCUGGUUUCAGCCAUGACUCCAAACCUGCUGAAGUCCUCAACACAUUGAGAUCAAAUCUGAGGAAGAAGUUUGAGUGUUUGUAUGAGGGAAUAUCAAAGCAGGGAAACCCAACACUCCUGAAUGAGAUCUACACAGAGCUCUACAUCACAGAGAGUGAAAGUGGAGAGAUCAGUAAUGAGCAUGAGGUGAGACAGAUUGAGACACAGUCCAGGAGAGCAGAAACAGAGGACACACCGAUCAAAUGCAGUGACAUCUUUAGACCUUUACCUGGACAAGACAAACCCAUCAGAACUGUGCUGACAAAGGGAGUCGCUGGCAUUGGAAAAACAGUCUCUGUGCAGAAGUUCAUCCUGGACUGGGCUGAAGGGAAAGAGAAUCAGGACGUCCAGCUCAUAUUUCCACUUCCUUUCAGAGAACUCAACUUGAUGAAGGACAAAACACUCAGUUUUUUAGAUCUCCUUCAUGUCUUUUUCCCUGAAACAAAAGAAAUGGAAAUAUGCAGUGAUAAGUAUAAAGUUUCAUUCAUCUUUGAUGGUCUGGAUGAGUGUCGUCUGUCUCUGGAUUUUCAGAGCGAUGUGAGGUUGUGUGAUGUGACUGAAUCAGCCUCAGUGGACGUGCUGCUGAUGAACCUCAUUGUGGGGAAUCUGCUUCCCUCUGCUCUCAUCUGGAUCACCUCCAGACCAGCAGCAGCUGAUCUCGUCCCCUCUGAGUGUGUCCAUCGAGUGACAGAGGUACGAGGCUUCAGUGACCCACAGAAGGAGGAAUACUUCAGGAAGAGAAUCAGUGAUCAGAGUCUGGCCAACAGGAUCAUCUCACACCUGAAGUCAUCAAGGAGCCUCUUUAUUAUGUGUCACAUCCCAGUGUUCUGCUGGAUCUCAGCCACUGUUCUAGAGAAGAUGUUGAGGAAAUCAUGGAAAGGAAAGAUUCCCAAGACUCUCACUCAAAUGUACACACACUUCCUGAUCCUUCAGACCAACAUCAAACAUGAGAAGGACUAUGAGAAGAAAGUGAAAGAUGAAGACAUGAUCCUCAAACUGGGGAAAGUGGCUUUUCAGCAGCUUGUGAAAGGAAACCUGAUCUUCUAUGAGGAAGACCUGAGAGAGUGUGGCAUUGAUGUGACAGAAGCAUCAGUGUACUCAGGAUUGUGCACUCAGAUCUUCAGAGAGGAGUUGGGCUUGUAUCAGGGGAAAGUCUUCUGCUUUGUUCAUCUGAGCAUUCAGGAACAUCUAGCAGCUCUAUAUGUGCAUCUCUCCUUUAUAAACAAGAACAUCAAUGUGUUUGACCAGAUUAUCAAACCAACUAAAGAAGACAAAGUCUCACUAUCUGAUCUUCAUCAGAGAGCUGUGAAUGAGGCUUUAGACAGUAAAAAUGGGCAUCUGGACCUUUUCCUUCGUUUCCUUCUGGGUCUGUCAGUGGAGUCUAAUCAGAGUCUCUUACAAGAACUAAAGACACAGACAGGAAACAGAUCUCACAACAAUGAGAAAACAGCUGACUAUAUUAAAGAGAAGAUCAGUGAGAAUCCCUCUCCAGAUAAAUACAUCAAUCUGUUUCACUGUCUGAAUGAACUGGGUGAUCUUUCACUAGUGAACGAAGCUCAACCUCAUACAUAUGGAGGAUUACGUAAAGUGAAACUCUCCUCAUCUCAGUGGUCAGCUUUAGUUUUUGUGUUGUUGACCUCAGAGAAGACAAUGGAGGAGUUUAACCUGAGCAGAUUAAUUGGAAGCAGAAAUGAUCAUGACGCAGUAAACACAGGAGAUGAAGUUCUUCAGAAGCUGCUGCCUGUGGUUACAGAAACUAGAUCAGCUCGGUUGAUUAAUUGUGGUGUCACAGAUGAAGGUUGUGCUGCUCUGGCUUCAGCUCUGAGAUCAAACCCCUCCUCACACCUGAGAGAUCUGAAUCUGUCAUAUAAUAAUCUAGGAGACUCGGGAGUGAAGAUAGUCUCUGCUGUACUGGAGAAUCCUCACUGUAAACUGGAGAAACUGUGGUUGAAUGAUUGUGGUGUCACAGAUGAAGGUUGUGCUGCUCUGGCUUCAGCUCUGAGAUCAAACCCCUCACACCUGAGAGAUCUGAAUCUGUCUGUGAAUAAUCUAGGAGACUCGGGAGUGAAGAUAGUCUCUGCUGUACUGGAGAAUCCUCACUGUAAACUGGAGAAACUGAGGUUGUGGAAGUGUGGUGUCACAGAUGAAGGUUGUGCUGCUCUGGCUUCAGCUCUGAGAUCAAACCCCUCCUCACACCUGAGAUAUCUGAAUCUGUCUGAGAAUAAUCUAGGAGACUCGGGAGUGAAGAUAGUCUCUGCUGUACUGGAGAAUCCUCACUGUAAACUGGAGAAACUGAGGUUGAAUGAUUGUGGUGUCACAGAUGAAGGUUGUGCUGCUCUGGCUUCAGCUCUGAGAUCAAACCCCUCCUCACACCUGAGAGAUCUGAAUUUGUCUGAGAAUAAUCUAGGAGACUCUGGAGUGAAGAUAGUCUCUGCUGUACUGGAGAAUCCUCACUGUAAACUGGAGAAACUGUGGUUGAGUAAGUGUGGUGUCACAGAUGAAGGUUGUGCUGCUCUGGCUUCAGCUCUGAGAUCAAACCCCUCCUCACACCUGAGAGAUCUGGAUCUGUCUGAGAAUAAUCUAGGAGACUCUGGAGUGAAGACAGUCUCUGCUGUACUGGAGAAUCCUCACUGUAAACUGGAGAAACUGUGGUUGUGGAAGUGUGGUGUCACAGAUGAAGGUUGUGCUGCUCUGACUUCAGCUCUGAGAUCAAACCCCUCCUCACACCUGAGAUAUCUGAAUCUGUCUGAGAAUAAUCUAGGAGACUCGGGAGUGAAGAUAGUCUCUGCUGUACUGGAGAAUCCUCACUGUAAACUGGAGAAACUGAGGUUGAAUGAUUGUGGUGUCACAGAUGAAGGUUGUGCUGCUCUGGCUUCAGCUCUGAGAUCAAACCCCUCACACCUGAGAGAUCUGAAUUUGUCUGAGAAUAAUCUAGGAGACUCUGGAGUGAAGAUAGUCUCUGCUGUACUGGAGAAUCCUCACUGUAAACUGGAGAAACUGUGGUUGAGUAAGUGUGGUGUCACAGAUGAAGGUUGUGCUGCUCUGGCUUCAGCUCUGAGAUCAAACCCCUCCUCACACCUGAGAGAUCUGGAUCUGUCUGAGAAUAAUCUAGGAGACUCUGGAGUGAAGACAGUCUCUGCUGUACUGGAGAAUCCUCACUGUAAACUGGAGAAACUGUGGUUGAGAUAUUGUGGUGUCACAGAUGAAGGUUGUGCUGCUCUGGCUUCAGCUCUGAAAUCAAACCCCUCCUCACACCUGAGAUAUCUGGGUCUGACUGAGAAUAAUCUAACACACUCAGAAGUGAAGCUGCUGAAUGAUCUGAAGGAUGAUCCACAUUAUAAACUGGAGAAACUAUGGUAUCAGAUGAUCUCUGAGUCUGAUCUUCUGAUGAUCAUCUGAUGGUGAAUAAGGAUCCACUACAGAGACUCACAGUCAACAGAAUCAACAGAGACUGAAGAUACAGUGACUUCACUGUUAUAAAUUAAGACUUCAUUUAGAUUUCAAUGAUCCUCGGACAGACAUGAUGAAGGCGGCAGUGAAACACCUUUUAUUUCAGAGCAGCAAAUUACAGUUUCUCGUUCAUAGAUUAACCAUUUUAUUUGUAUAAAGGCACAGUAUGAACUCAAAAAAGUUAGUUUUGUUACAGAGAAAAUAUAGAGCCUGAAUAUGUUUGUUUGUGUUGUACCAGCAGAGGGAGACAAAGACUAAUGAAAGAUUAAUUUUUCAUAAUUAUGAAAAGAAAAAAAAAAACGUUCAAGCUCACUUUUGGAAAACAAAUAAUGGAAGCUUGAGUGUAUACAUCAUGUUUUUAAUAAUAGUUGUAUUAUAUUUGUAUUAAUGUAUUAAAGGGGUCAUGUGAUGCGUUUUCAUGUUUUCUCUUUCUUUAGUCUGUUAUGUAUCUGUUUGUGCAUGUAUAAGAUCUGCAAAGUUACAAAGCUCAAAGUCUCCUACAAAAAGAUUUAUUCUCUCUAAUCUCUGGUACACACUGUAUGAUUCUGGGCUGUCCCAGACGAAAGAUGAUCAUAAAAACCACAAUUACCAAA